AGUCUGACCCGAGAGUUACAGCACAGAACACUCUGUAUAGUUAACAAUCAGAGUUGCAUCACGAGGGCAAUGAUUAACGUGACGCUGAACUGAAGAGAUAAAACCCAGCGCAGGUUGACUCAGUGUGACUUCUGUCAGAGGAGAGGAAGCUCAUCUGCAAACUUCUGCAGGCCAGCAGCCUCACAAUCACAGUCAAUCACAGUCAUGGAGCAGUUUGUUGGCUCAACUCCGAGAGAGACUCUGGAGCAGGUCUCAGCGGCGCUGGGCUGCAGGCCGACCUCUGCAGAAGUGGCUGCGUACCUGGACAAACACGACGCACUGCGGCACCUCAGGGACCACUUCCUGGUGCCCAAAAUAUCAGAUUUGCCUCCUUCUGACCUCUCGCUGGUCGAUGGCACCGAGGAAUGCAUCUACCUCGUGGGAAACUCGUUGGGACUUCAGCCCAAAAUGGCGAGGAAGUACCUGGAGGUGGAGAUGGAGAAGUGGGCCAAAAUGGGUGCGCACGGCCACACUCAAGGCUCCCGACCGUGGGCGUGGGCUGAAAACACCAUCGAGGCGCUGAUGGCGGACGUUGUCGGAGCUAAAGCUGAGGAGGUCGCCCUGAUGAACGGCCUGACAGUGAAUCUACACCUUCUACUGCUUUCCUUCUACAGACCGACAGCAGCUCGCCACAAAAUCCUCCUGGAGGACAAGGCCUUCCCUUCAGACCACUACGCUGUGGACUCUCAGAUCAGACUGCGAGGGUUCGACCCUCAGACGAGCAUGCUGCUGCUGUCACCCAGACCCGGAGAAGAGACUCUGAGGACUGAGGACAUCCUGGAGCUGAUCGAGAAGGAGGGCGACUCCAUCGCUGUGGUGAUGUUCAGCGGAAUUCAGUAUUACACCGGCCAGCUGUUCAACAUAGCCGCCAUCACCGAGGCCGGCCAGAAGAAGGGCUGUUAUGUGGGGUUUGAUUGCGCCCACGCUGCAGGAAACGCCGAGCUGCAGCUGCACGACUGGGGAGUGGACUUUGCCUGCUGGUGCUCCUACAAGUAUGUGAACGCAGGUGCUGGAGGUCUAGCUGGGGCAUUCAUCCACGAGAAACACAAAGACACCGUCAAACCUGCGCUGGUGGGAUGGUGGGGACAUGACCUGAAAACUCGGUUCCAGAUGAAUAAUGUGUUGGAGCUGCAGCCUGGAGUGAGCGCCUUCAGACUGUCCAACCAGUCCAUGCUGCUGGUCUGCCCCCUGCAGGCCAGUUUGGAGGUGUUUAACAUGACCAGUAUUCAGGCGUUGCGCAGGAAGUCCCUCCUGUUGACUGGCUACCUGGAGUAUCUGAUCCAGCAUUAUUUCAGUGAGGACGCCACGCAGCCUCACAAACCUGUCGUCAGCAUCCUCACGCCCUCUGACCCUCAGCAGAGAGGCUGCCAGCUCUCGCUCUGCUUCUCCGUCCCCGUCCAAAAGACCUUCCAGGAGCUGGAGAAGAGGGGAGUCGUCUGUGACAUGAGGGAGCCCAGCGUGCUACGAAUCGCUCCGGCGCCGCUCUACAACUCGUUCAGCGACGUUCACCGCUUCAUAGAAACACUGGGAUCAGUUCUCAGUGUCUCAGUCUCACACACACACACACACACACACACACACACACACACACACACACACACACACACACACACACACACUGGUUUAUGCAACUUUAAAAUAAACCUUUAUCUUCAGCAGCUUCAUGUUUCAAUGUGUGCCUGUUUACAUGCAUCCAAUUUAAAUAAAGUAAAAACAGAGUUGGAGAUCGAGCUUCUUUUUUUACUUAGUUUGGUUACUUUUUAAACAAAUUAUAUAUUUUACAAGAGAUUAUUAAAUACAAUUUUAUAUUUUAGUUUGUGUGCAGUUUAAUGCACUUUUGAGGUCUUUGUACUAUACUAGAGAAUUAAAAAUGUCUUAUUAUUUGAUGGCUACUUCAUAUAUCACAUACAAUAUAUAUUUCUACCCAACAGUAUAUAAAUUAGAUUAAAUUAAACCCACUUCAUAAUAAUAAUAAAAGUAGCUUUAUAUGUUACUUUUGUUACUUUAAUUUAAUAUUUUUUAAUUAAUGCAUCAAUAAAAUGUAAUAAUGUACCAAUAGAUAAAAUAAUGUAAAUAAUUACCUUUUACAAUAUAAGUACAUUUUGUAGAUAUACUUCUAUAAAUUAAUUAAGGAAUUUAUUUAAGGUUAAAAUAUGACUUGAUGUCUAGAUUAAAACUGGGCUGAAUUUCUUCACACGUCUGGAUUAUAAAUAAGUUUCAGCGACUAUAUUUAAACAAUAGUUGUACGUAACCUGCACAUGUUGAUACAGCACACCUUAAGUCACCAAAUCAAACUUCUCUCCACUUAUUUACAGAUUGCAUGUUCUGCUUUUGAAAUUGUUUUCUCUACGCUGCAACUUCAAAAUAAAAGCUCCCACAAUCCCUUGCCCCCGUGACCCUCCUCUUCAGUCAAGCGUUUGGGCGCGACACCCAGAGAGCUCGCAGCAUGGGGUUUGCAAAUGACAUGAUUUUGGGGGGAACAUUUGAUGAGACCCCCUGUUCCUCCCUCCUCACCCGGCUGUACAUUACACACAUGAGUGAGCCGACAGUCCUCCCCUCACCAAUUAACACCUACUUUAUUAUAACGCUGACUUCUCCCUAAUGUUCUUGCAUGUGUUUAUGCACUAUUACCUUGACGGAUGCCUCUUCCACGAUUAGACAUAAUUGGCAUAUCAAUAUGCAAAACCUAAAUGGAUUAACCUUCUUUAAAACUAAUGAGCACUUGGGUGCCCAGCUGGGGAACGGACCAGAAUUAGCAUUUGUCAUCUUUUUGUGGUGAUGUGAGAAUAAAUAAUUGAAGAGUGGCUGAGUAUUGUCUUUCCUUGGGCUACUUAAGCGUAAAGGAACUGUACUAUUAAAAAAAGAGAAAAAGGGAAUAUGCAGAUUUACUGUCUUAAUGAUGACUGGGAGCUUGCUGGUUUCACUCAUGCAGUGUCUGAGGAAGAAAUACAAAGACGCUCCGUCUCCGCUGAGGAAAAUGGACAGUUUUGAUCAAAGAGGAGCUCGUAAGAAAAGUAAAUCUGCAUGAGUUUGAUCGGAAAAACACACACAGUGGUACUUUUGAAAAGAUAUUAAGAUCAGGGGUUGCAAAAAUACUAAAACAUCCUAAAUUAAGAAGUUCAAGCCUGGGGCCAGUUUGACAAAGAUAGACUUUGACUAACAGUCAGACUUCAGAUCGACGUCUAAGACAUGAUGCAUCGCUAAUAACAUGUUGAAUAAAAUAAAAUACCACAAA